AUGCCGAGUAUAUUCAAGAAAAAAGACUCCCCCGAGGACGACGACUUUGUCAACCACCAUGACGCCCCCGACCCCUUCGCAGACGCAACGACCGAAGGAGCCGCGACGGGCUCCGACUCGGACGAUUUCCGCGCGAUCGACCCGCACAGCGGCGUCAAGCGCGGCCUGAAGACGCGCCACCUGUCGAUGAUGGCGCUCGCGGGUAUCAUCGGCCCCGGUCUGCUGAUCGGCUCGGGCGGUGCGCUCUCGUCGGGCGGCCCGGCGUCGUUGCUGAUUGGGUUUGGGGUGAUUGGGAUUAUUGCGUUUUCGAUCAUGCAGAGCUUGGGCGAGAUCACGACGUUGUAUCCUACCGGCGGGGCGUUCACCGCGCUGAGCGAUCGGUUUGUUGAUAAGGCGUUUGGUGUGGCGGUGGGGUGGAAUUAUUAUAUUUUGUGGUUUUGCGUGUUGGCGAAUGAGUAUAAUGUGAUUUGUAGCAUUAUGGAGUUUUGGAGUGAUAAGGUGCCUGUUUGGGGGUACUUUUUGAUCUUUUGGUUUGCGUUCCUUGGCUUCCAAUUGCUGGGCGUCGAGACGUUUGGAGAGGCCGAGUUUUGGCUGGCGCUGAUCAAGAUCAUUGGCUUGAUCGCGUACUUUAUCUUCAGCAUUGUCUACGCGGCCGGUGGUGUGAAAGGAGUUGAUGCAAUUGGCUUCACGUACUGGCGUGACCCAGGCCCAUUCGCUGCCGGAUUUAAAGGCGUCGCCUCCGUUUUCGUCUUCUGCAGCACGUUCUACGCUGGUGUCGAGUCUGUCGCUGUCGCCGCCACCGAAACGAAAAACCCGGGCUACGCUGUCCCGCUGGCCAUUCGCCAGGUGUUUGUUCGCAUUGUCGUUGUCUACAUGGGGUGUGCGUUCUUCUUCGGCUUGACAUGCCCGUCGGACGCGCCGGGUUUGAUCGGUUCUAGCGGCGCUCUGCGCAGUCCCAUGACGAUCGCCAUCCAAAACGCGGGCUGGGAAGCCGGCGUGCACCUGAUCAACGCUUUCAUCUUUAUCACCUGCCUCAGCGCGGUCAACAGUUCCAUCUACAUCGGAAGCCGUACCUUGCUCUACAUGGCGCAGGACCAAAAGGCUCCCAAGUUCUUGGGUUGGACCGACAAACGGGGCGUGCCCAUUCCCGCCAUCGUCCUCACCAACUUGUGCGGUGCGCUCAGCAUGAUGAACGUCAGCACCGGCGCGAGCAAGGCCUACGGCUACAUUAUCAAUCUCAGUGGUGUUUCCACGUUUCUUGUUUGGGCCGCCAUCAGUUUCACGCAUAUCCGCUUCCGCGCAGGGUGGAAGGCACAAGGCCACACCGAGAGUGAGCUUCCGUUUGUGUCGCUCUGGUACCCAUACAACGCGUACUUUGGCUUGGCGGCCAACAUCUUUUUGGCUCUCAUACAGGGGUGGUCGACCUUUGCGCCAUUUGACGCGGGCACGUUUGUGGAUGCGUACAUCCUGUUGCCGUUGUUCUUUGUGAUCUGGGGAGUAUACAAGCUGAUCUUUAAGACGAGGUAUUGGAGGGCGGACGAGAUUGACCUGCAGUCGGGCAGGCGGAGAGAUUUGGACGAGGGCAAGCACCGGACAGGUGGAGGCACGAAAUGGUACAAUCGGAUCUUUAAGGGCGUUUAA